CCCCGUGCCCACUUCGCAGCAGCAGCCAUGUAAUCGUAUGCAUCCAUGAAGCUGAUCGCUUGGCUGCCGGGUUUUCAUUUUGCGACGCUUCCGUGCAACUGGUUCCGUUGCCACUCAUGCCCGCUAUGGCAUCGGCAGCCCGAAUCGCCGCUGCGCCGGCCUGAAGACCCGGCGCAGCCGCAUUUUGUAGCCACGACGAGCCCUGGGCAACCGCUGACGCUUGGGUAGCUUCGCCGCCCGCCCUGCUUGUAAACAUGGCGGACGUCUCUGUCAAACCAGAGCCAGAGGAGGAAGUGGCAGCCGCAGACACUGCAGAUGUCACGACAGCGGCUGACCUGCAGACGACACCGGCGCAGGCAGCCGGGCGCCGCACACGCAAACCCGUCCAGCCAUUGGGGGGCGUGGUGACGCGGAGGACCUCGGCUCGACAGGUAGCGUCGUCGGCAUCCCGUGGGAGCGCGGCAACCGAAAGCAGCAACAGCACGCCACGACAGAGCGCACGCGCAACGCGGCAGGCGGGGCCCCGCACACGGGCCACGCCCGCCGCAGCCGCGGAGGCGGAUACACCGGCCGCCACCACGCCGCAGCGGGUUAGCGGCCGGGGCACCUGGAAGCGCAAGAAGUCUGACGCGGAAGAGCUCUCCACAUCGGAGCCUGAGAUGGAGCAUGACGACUCCGAUUCUGAUCCGGUGUGGGUGCCAGAUGCGACGGCAGGCAGCAAAGGUGCAGCUGGGGCCGACGCGGACUCGCCAGAAGUGGCGAACGACAGCGCAGAGCCCGUGCCAAAGGUUGCGCGCCGCGGGAAGCCGGCGAAGGCGACCAAGGCGAAAGCCGGAGCGCGGAAAGGCGCGAUAGCAGCGGUGAAGAAACCCAACGGAGCUUCAAAGAGCGAGGCUGGAGCAGGAGGAGGAGGUGCGGCCAAAGGAGGGAGGCGCAGCACUGUGCGCAAGACAGAACCGGCGGCAAGCAUCGACCUGGGCGGCAGCAUUGCAUCACCAGACUCACUUCAGCUCAAGGUGGAACUGCCUGGUGAAAGCGAAGAGGCGCGGCGGCAACGCUGCGUGCAGGGCGGCAUCAGUGGUGGGGUCAAGCGGGACUACACGCGCCGGCCCGCGACCAACACCAGCUCGUGGCGGACGCCGGUGCCAGUUGUGGUGACGGAGCCGGGUGCGGCCAACACAUCGGGAGAGCUGCAGCCGGGCGACUACAUCAUCGCAGUGGCCGACGUGCAUCGUGCGCGGCCACCCGUCUGGCGCAUCGAGGGACGGUCGCUGCUGCAACGCUUCGAGGCCCUCGAGACCGGCGAGGAGACCCUUCUCUACCGGAACAGCUCCUCCUUUUCGGCGUGGAACCCGCUGGAGCAGUCCAAGUAUGCCAACAUCUCGGUGCGGGUGCACUCCAACAGUCGGUCGGCCACCGUUGUCGAAGUGCUCGAGAUCCACGCCAGUCCCAGCUCCAGCCUCGCCAAGAAUGGUGGUAUGGAAGCCAGGCCCACGGCAUGUGGGGACCAGCAGCCCAACCUGGAGGAGAAGUUUGAGGUGUACCUGCAGACGCUGCUGAGCCACGUGCUGGACCCUAACUUCCUGGCCGAGGUGCACCGCGAGAACGACGAGUAUUUCCUCGCCAACCUGCAGACGGUGGACGGCGAGAACGAGCGCCGUGGCGCCCAGAUCCGCAACAGCUUGUGGGGGCCCGAUCUGUUGGCGACCGUCGCCGCAUUCUCUGACCUGCGCAUCACGGAUCUUCCUCCCGGUCAGGAGGGCGAGGUCGCCAUUAAGAACGAGACCCAAAACCCAGCGGGAGCUGAAACUGUGGUCAAGAAGGAGACAGUCGACACGCCGUGUGAGGGAUGUGGGGAAGGCACAGCCUCACGAUUGGCUGAGUUCUCUGGCGAGCCCUACGACAAGCUGGACCUCUCCUUGGAGCCCCGCUGCGAGGACAGGCCCGAGGCGUGUAGCUUCCAGUUGUGUGCCUCCUGUGCGAGUCCCCUUCCCACCUACAGUCAGCUGUACCACUACAAGUACCACACCUUCAAUCGAUGCAAAGAGAAGAUCGAGCGCUUGAAGGAGGAGCAGAAGGUGACCGAGUCGCAUAUCAUCCUCGAGCGUUGCCUGCAAGAUGACACCUGGGUCAACCAGAUGUACGCUGACCUGCAGAAGCUGUGGCGGACAUGCGCACUCGGGUCCAGUUGACCGGCUUAUUCAUCCACCGGCUGCCGCCGGCUUCUCUGGAUUUCCCUGUCCAGUGUCGUCAUUGCUCCCGAGGCCUCCUCCUCCUUUAACGACACACAGCGCGCGCUUUUUGUGUACAGUCAUUUCCUUUAUUUUUUUUUUCUUUGUAUUUUCACUUCUCUCAUGCCUUUCUCCCUUUCCCUGGGAAAGGGGGUGAAGCUUUCCCCUAGACCUUCCCUCAUGGCCCUAACUUUUUUGCCCUGUUCUCCCCAUUGUCGUCCGGGCAAGCGUCCCUCAGCUUAGUAGGAGCAGCACCUUGGUUCUUCUUGUCUGCCCCUUGCACCGUUUCAGUGGCAGUAAUGACUGCCGACAAUGCACGCUGCAAAGUAACGCACUCUGAGUAAAGAUAAAGCGAUGACUCUUCAAGCAAGUAUUUUCCGAGUGCUUGGGAGCCUUAUAUCGUAGGGCUAGUUGACUUUGUGGGGCAAGCCAGCACAAGCAAGGGCAGACUUGAACUUAUGUGAGGGCAGCCCUGUUCACUUGGGUAUUUGUGGCAGUCUUCCUUUGAGAAUAGGUUUUGCAGGAACCAGUUGGGUUCUGCCUUCAUUCCCAUCUUGUUUGUUGCUGCGCUCCUUUCAUUAUGUACUUCUGUCACGCUGCAUUUAGUCAAGACGCAAUGUGGCAGCAGCGGUGUGCUUUGCAUUUGGCACGUAUUGUUUGUUUGAUCCGUGCUCUAGCUUGACUGGAUGGCACAAAUCAGUAGAGUGGGGACGACAUCAAAAGAUGUCUUGGGAAGAGUAACUCUUCUUUAGCAUCUGUGCAAGUUGGUGGUCAGAUUAACAUGACGUAAAGAAAUGAAACACGAAGCAAAGGGGGUGGUGUGGACAUAGCCUGGGGUUGUAGUUGCAACAACAAAACCCGUUUGUAUCAUCCUCACUUCCGAAAUUAGUUCAAGAGGUACGGCAACUUCACUGCUUGUUUCACCGCUGCGGAAAAGUGGCGUCUGCAGCUUCUGCACUUGCUAGAAGUAGUAGCACGGUCCUUAUGCAGGAAGGAGGCACUGGGCUUGUCGUGCAUGAGCACAAGACCGGGACCGUAGCUGCUGGGAACCAGUGAACCGAGUGCUGAAGCUGUAUUUUGUGCAGGUCACUGUCUGGGGGAGUUUCACUUCUGCAUGAUGCAGGAUCUAGUACAAUGACUCACUAGAGUGAUAGACUUCGUAUUCACUGUUUAUCAGAUCCUCCGAGAACGCAUGACAUACAGAGCAACUCUUGGUCACGUCAUGUGAUCUCGGUGGCCAUGUCUGGCUUGAUCCAGUGAAUGCGCCUCAAAAGUGAUGCCCCCCAAAAACGGUGGCCAAGUAUACUGCUCUAGGGCCAAAGCCGAAAGCAGACCAGGGCAACCAUGACAGUGGAAUGCCUGUUGUCUUUUUUAGCCACUAGUCGGUGCCAGCUUGAAACAGGCUUUGGAGCCUCCCAGGGUGUUCGUGACGUUGGGUGUCUGCGCCAUAUUUGAGUUUGGUCACUCGAGCGUUUUUGGAACAAGGCACAAAGUGCUAGGGAUGUGUAUUUCUCCCGAGCCCCGCCUUCUUUUUGUGGGAUUCAGUUGUGUCUGCAAGGACCACCAAAAAUGGGCCAGUAGCCUGUCUGCCGCAGUUGUUUCUGACACCUAGAGUCAAGCACCCUCCUGCCCCGCUUUCUUCAUCGCACAACACUCGUCCGCCUUACUCCUCUUGCUCUUGGAAGGUUGUUCUCGAUUGUCGCAGCACCGUUCCUCCUUGGGCACAGCUGCAUUGCCAUAGAAGCCAGCGUUUACUGCAGUUACUAGUGUGAAGAAAUGGCACAAGAACAAAAAUAGUAAUAACAAUUUGAAAGGUUUUGCAGUGCUUUCAUAACUUAAAUGUAAAAGAACAAAGGACAGAAUGGGUCGGGUUCUUUCCACAGUGGUCGUAGCAUUUAGGGCAUGAGCAAAAGACCCUUAACACACUAGGCCGUGUGGCACUGUGGGAUGAAAUUCUAAAAUAAAAGUGGCACCUCUUCCACUGCCAUAUCAUUGUUCAAUGUAAACUCGUUUUGUCAGAAGCCGACUGCUGACUUAUUUUAUUUUCAUCUUAGACGGGGAGUAACUUUUCAAUAUUUCCCUGUUCUCGUUGGAAAGAAUUAGGUCAGUGAUGGCAAUUUUCCUCAUGUUGCAAGUAUUCCACUCCUCUAUGUGUUAGGAUCCAACAUUCUUUUAACACUGAUCAUAUUACUGUCUAGGCCUUUUUGUUAUAAUGUGUCACCUUUUGACUAGUAAAAGGUGGCUGCUUAAUGUGAGCUUCUGAUCUGAUUUAAUCGAGACUGAAGCACGUAGAAGAAUGGCAGCUUAGAUAUUCUAUCAAAGGCACGAUUUUUCAAGCUAACCCUGGGCCUCUGUGUGUGUUCUUUCUUUGUUAUUCGACGCUGCAAUUAUUCUCAUCAAUAUUGGCGGUUAUUGCCAGCCCAAAUUUGUCAUAGUGGAUUGCUGAUUGUAUUCUAUAUAGUGUACAAAGUGCACAGUUGAACAUCAUUUUAAUGAAGUCCCACACAUACAAAGGUACCUGUUUUAUAUCCGCUAAUCCCACAUUUGUUAUAUGCUUGUCUUGGCAAAGAAACAUUUUAGAUUUACUUUAUUAUAUCCUAUAAUUUGUUAUAUCUACAGUCUAUAUAUCGAGAUUUGACUGUACCGCAAAAGAACUUUUGAGAAUUCGGCUGUGCUUGGUUUGAAAUUGUUCUCUCCUUGAAGCGGGGGCAUUUACACUAUACUCUAUUUAUUGAAACAUGGGACAUUUUGGAAUCUUGGAUUUUGUUGUUUCUUUCAUGCAGCUUGUGAUGUCAAACAGAUGGUCUCUAUUCUCUCUGUUGCUGCUUUUUGUGAAAGCAUGCUUUUGACUGUUAGACACGGCUGCUUUGGUGGUUUGCGGGUCAGUAGAUGAAUUGCUUAUUUAAAGGGUCACUAACAGGAAACCGACUAGGCUCGCAAGGUUUGUUCAUGGCUUAAUCCACAUUUCUAGGGCGGAAUGAAGUGAAGAAAAAAAAAUUAAGCUACACCCAAUUUUUUUUCGUGCUUGUAUUUCGUGUCCAAACACAGGAUUCACUGCGCUUUUGCGUAUUUGGGUACAUUUUGUGCGGGGAAAGGUGUCUACAGACGUUGCUAGUUUGUGUUUUUAGUUUGUGGAUACAAAUCAAUUCAUUCUGCUUUCUGUAUUUCGUGUCCAAACACAGGAUGCACUGUGCUUUUGCGCAUUAGGGUACAUUUUGUGUGGGGAAAGGUGUCUACAGAUGUUGCUAGUUUGUGUUUUUAGUUUCUGGAUACAAAUCAAUUCAUUCUGCUUUGGUUUAUACCCAGCUUUUUUAUUUUUGUUUUGCUACGGAUAUACAGAUUUAUUGAAAAUUGCAUGUUGAAUAUUUGAAAAUUACCACAAUUUUGCCAGUUCAUCCGCAUUACCUUCACCUCACGUAUGCUUUGCUUGCGAACCGUCUUAUGGUGUAUAAAAGUCAACAAAAGACUGACAAUUAACUUAUAGCACUAUUUUAUCACCAGUUCUGAGAUUGUGCCACCUCGCUUGUUAACAUUUAGCUUAUUUUGUCCCACUGCCUGAAGUGGAGGCGUUUUGGGAAAAUAAUACAUGUAUAAUAUUUGCAUAUUUUGGAGGCGAAUAUCCGUAACGGUGCUAGCCUUAGGAUGCCUGUUAAACAGACUCGCCUUGAGAAUUGGCUGGCUUCAUUUCUGCCGUUGAAGUGGUGUGUGGCCUGAAGUUAAAUCAUCAAAAAAAGCUUAUUAGAGGAAUUUUGAGGAUUUAGGUUAUUGUGCAUUGUGACAUGUCAUGCGGGUGGUGAUCAUGUGUCGUGAGCAUUGCAGUUGGAGUAUGAAAAUUGCUUUAUCUGACAGGGGUAAUGUUCAAAGAUUUUUAAAAAAAAAACGGAAUUAUAUAGCCUAUUAAAACAAAACUAAAACACAGGUGGUAGAAGUGUUGCACCUUAGGAAAUGUUAGCUUAACCACAUGGCUUCCUUUGGUGUCCUUUUAACAUACCACCUCAAUGUUGUGGUGUCAUUUUUAGUGUUGUGGGGUGAAACAUUGUUCUGUGGGUGGACACACAAUACCAUUAGCUGUACCUGUGUGCUUGUAGAUAGCCUUUUGACAAUGCCUUGAGGCAAGCAGCUGUGGUUUCCAGGAAAAUUUUGCUUGAAGCAGUAUUAUAUUGCCUAGCAUGGAGCAUGUGUUGUUUGCAUGUGUUGUUUCAAUCGUGGCAGUUCAACUGCUGCAGAAAAUUUGUAAGGAAUGCUGUUAUUGAAUGAGGGCAUUCUCCCAUGCACUUCAUUUCUAAACGAUAGCUGUUUUCUCCAAGGCUUCAUUAGGAGCCAAGCGAAAGGCCUUUCAGUCGUGCAGGUGUGUUUCCAAUUCUUCCAAACCAGUACUUGUGCUUUGCAUUGUGGCUGCUUUAGUGGCUUGAGUAGCAGUAUGUAUGUUCAGAGGAGAUUCUCGAUGUUGAUAAUGUGAAUGCUGUGUGCCCAUUUCACUACAACUUUUUCAAGAUGGCAUUUCCUUUGCUAUAGGAACACAAGCCAACCCUCAUUAAUUGCACCCAGUUUUCUUGUGUCACUCUGUCUUGCAUGCGCAACCGUGGAGGGGCGGAGCAGUUUGCAGUGCAGUUCUCUCGACUUCUCACUGUUGUAAAAAGAGUAAAACAAACGGGCUGUGCAGACCACUGUGAAAUAAUCUGCUUAAUCCUGUUUGUUUCAUGUGCUACUGUCGAUGCACGGUCAUGUAGCAGUGGAGAGUUCUGGCAUAUAGCUUCGACUGUGUGUUACUGGCACUGUUUUGGUUACUUGCCAGCGGUGCUGAGUGGGUGCAGAGCGCAACUUAUCUAGUACCUGUGCUCCGUGUCAGGCAUCGGACAGUCCCUUCAGCGAUAGGAACGAAAAGAAUGUUUAUAGCCGGCACUGGCUUAUCUAGCCUUGCACUGUGCUCAGGGAACUGCAUCACGUGUAUGAAAUUUUGCGUCCUAAAUGGAAAUUCCUUGAACUCUAAUUUAUCCAAAAUUUAGGUUUCUUGAGCGUGUAGUUGCCCGGCUGUUUACAACAGAAGUUUGCGAUAUUUGGCAAUCUUCUAAAGCAAAUUAUACAAAAUGUCAAAAUUCAACAUUAUUUUGCUGCAUCUAGGAAAUAGAUAAAUAUGUCCUAAAGCUGUAGAGCAAACCGUAAUGCAGUAAAUGUGGUAGUUUCUUUAAAUAUGGUCACAACUUAGACAAAGUUCGCAAAAACCAUGUAUCUCAUGCUUGUUCUUGAACAUUUAUUUCUAAAUCACAUGAAUCAAUUUCUUUAUAUUAUAUAUAGUCGGAAUCUACAAGAAUUAAGCUUUUUUAUGGUAUAUAUGACAACUUUAUAUCCUAAGUGGAAGAGCCACAACAGUUGCUCCAAAAGUACUGAAAACGGAGGGCUCGUGCCGCCGGAGUGGGACCGCCACGUUAACAGCACACAAAGCUGGCAGCAACAGUAAACAGUAACAGUAACAGCGGAGCACCAGCAGUAUGCUAAAGCUCACUAAUGUGCGUUGCCUUACAGUGAUGUGUAGUACUUUGUAUUUGGCAGAUUGGGACUUUGAAUUUACUGCUGCUAUUUGUCACUUCUUGCCAUUUAUCUGAUGCUUAAUAUUUUUUGUUAAAUUAGUUUUUCUCUUGUUAUAUAUAUAUAUAUUGUUGUUUAGGAUGUUUUUACUUUCUGUUUUGAAAUAGCAGUUGCACAUAUUCGCUCACACAAUGGUUGAAAUGGACAUCCCUGAUGUUUUUUUUUUUUUUUCUGUCCUUGGUUGCAACACAGAGGAGGUUUGUGGAGCAACCGGUUUGUUUGUGCACUAUGUGCAAAGGAGUAACUGCGUGACUACUGUGUUUGGUUAAGUCUUGCUUGGCCCCUCUGGUGUGGUAAAGUAUAGUUCACGAAGUGCAGGCAUUGGAUCCACACAGCCAUUGCCCCGGGUGCUUUGUGCAUUCUUGUGAGCCACUGCGUCUGAUCUGUUGUGCGUAUUGAUAUUGCAUGCACGGGGCUAACCAUUUCUCCACAGUGCUGAAUUUCGAGGAGGCAGUUGAACAAAGAAGAAUGUUUCGUACGUUGGGGAAAUGCAGCCAAAGGACAGGACAGAUGUCAAUGCUUCUGUCUGAUUACUGUCAGUUGUUUAGCUAACUGCAGCCUUUCUCUUUAUUGCCUGCUGCCAUGUGGCAGGUAAUGCAGAGAGGUUAUGUGCAACAUGACCUCUGAGAUGGUGUGUUCGCGCGCUCCCAAGUCAUACAUUGGCCAUUGUGACAGCCAUCACUUUGCGGGAAGUGACAGAAAUGGAUCACAUGCCCAGCAAUUGCCACUAUUAGAGGCCAUGCCUUUCUGCCUCUCAUUGUCUGCUGUGCAAAAGCAGGCGCAACACGUUUUGCCGGGUAGGUGUGGCAAACAGCAGAAAUGAGUCGUCUUUUCUUCCCGCACUUCAAGGCAGUUUGCAUGCCAACUGUAACAUGGGUACCUUGACAGACAGGGCAGAAUGAUGCUGUAAGCGUAUACCAUUGAGGUGCUUUGGGUUGUUUUUCGUGGGGGGAAAGCUUACGCAUGCAACUUAGUCAUGUGGUGUCCAUAAACUCCGAGCAGCUUGCGCACUAUGCCUCAAUGAGACCAUGCCGAGGACAGCAACUUGCUUACCCAGCAGCGUGCAUACCUUAUUCCCCAUGUUGCAUCACUCUCUUCAGCUUGGCUUCUUUACUGACCUCUCUGCGGGCUGUGUUUUACAAGACAAGACUUAACAUGCUGAAAUCAUAGGUUUGUGCUCAUCACUGUUUGGACAAGCAGCUUCAGUUUUACAUCACUUCUGCAAUUUUGGUAGAGCAUGCUUAACAGCAUUGAGUGCCAUCGUUUAAAACUGGUAGGAUUGCCUCUCGUUUAGUAGCUAUUUAUGGCUUGAGCUCUAUGUAGUGGGGACAUUUCUGUGAGCAUUUAUUCUGUUCAGUUUCGUGUUGGGGGUUCCACAAUUUCUGCAAAGUGAAGUGAGAUGAUGCCUUAUUUCGAGGCAAAUUAUUGAGAUAAAGUACAUUGAGACAUAUUCAGUAACGCUGCCUGCCCAUUGCGUUAGUCAAGGGCAGCAUUUUUUUAUCGAACUUGAGAUCCUGCAGCUCUGCACUGAAAUUGUUGACACCAAGACUGCAAAACUGGUAAAAUAUUGCUUAGUGCCUUGUCACCAGGUGACGCCCCUGUCUCAGUUUAACGAGGGUACCAGCACAGCAUAGGACUGCAGUUUAGGGCCUCGUGUGAUUGCAUUUAGACACAAACUUGUAGACUUUUACCGGUUGGCUUUUUGAUCUGGUCAGUGCAAUGCUUCCAAAGGGAGGCGCAGACCUGCAGUUCAGUAGUGACUGAAAGUUUUGGAAAGUGCGUGCAGCCAUGGUGUAGUGGUUUUGCCAAAUCAGUUCGGCGAAAGCCUGCAAGGUGGAGGAAAGUACACAAAACGAAAAAAUUUACACCCACCCGUACGAUAGCACAAAACUAUGUACAAAGGAAACCCCUAUGGCUUUCUUCAGAAAGGUUUCUCAGUUGGAAGGAAAGUAUUCAUCUUGGUCCAGGAUUUGAACCCGGGACGAAUGCCAUUCUGGGGCGUUUUCUUUUGUAGCUUCGUGCUAUAAUUUGGGUGGAUGUCAAUUCCUCCCUUCAGUGAAGUGGUUUACAUGAUUAAAGAUACAUUUAAAAAAUUAAAAUAUGGGGUUUUACAUGCCAAAACCACAAUCUGAUUAUGAGGCACGCCGUAGUGGGGGACUCCGGAAAUUCGGACCACCUGGGGAAAGAUACAUUUGACUGCAGUUGUGCGAUUAGCUUGGGAAGAAGAAGCUGACCCUGAAGACUCCAUGCCACACAGAUUUACAUUUCUUGUAAUACAGCCAUGUUAGGUAUGGCUGACGACACUAGCGACCUCUAUCCUGUCUUUAUGGCCGCAUUUCGUUCAUACUGCGCUCAGCUUGUUUUCUCCACAGCAUGGACUCUACACUUGCCCCCCUCACAACAGGAGAUUUGUUGCUGCCACCAGAGUGUCCUAGCUUAGUGUGAUCGCAUUUUCUUGCUCGCACGUUUGUGACUUAGCACCAGUCAUCUUGUGAGUCUGGACGCUUCUUUUAGAAGUCCUGUGCAUGUGAAAACGUGGCUGCGAGACAUUGUGUACAUAAGAGUGGCAGAAGUGAUUUGUAAGCUUUGUUUUCAAGCCUUUUCCUGUCUUGGCUGCCGAUUAGUAGCGAUACUGAUUGAACUUGUCUACUGUGCAGUGUUAACUGAACAAUUUUGAUUGUGUGGGGCACUCCCUGCUGAAAAAAAAAAAUAUAUAUAUAUAUAUAUAAGGGCAUUUUGUGAAGCAGUGGCUCGUUACUUGCCAAGGGUGGCUGUAGGGUUGCUCCGCCUGCUCUAAUAACGCCAGUUGCACUUUGUUUUUAUUUGUCAUGUUUUCGCUGUUGACUGCAUGUGGAAAUUGCAUGAGCUGCUAUGCAAUUUUGAUUUUCUUUCCUGCUAGAUGGCUUCACUGCAUCGAACUGGCGAGAAGGCAUUGCCUGCCCUUGGCUAUUUUAUUGAUUGUAGUCCCGUGGAUUUUUAUGCAAGCAAUGCUUUAUUUCUCAUGAUUGCUGUAUUUGCUCACAGUAUUUGCCUAUUUUGCACUGCCGCAUUCAGUGAGAAAGUGCUUUUCAUGAGCAUCCCACUAGCUGUUUUAACGUUUGUUUGCCAUGCCUCACCUUGGCUAUGCUGUCUGUGGUGCUCGUUUUUUUUUUCUUGAUGAAUGACAGUCGAGAAUGGCCUGCCUCGCCUCUUUGUGCCACCUGUGGGCAGCAUCGAAGGUGCCGAGAAACCUCGUCUUUAUCUCUUUUCGCCAACUUUGUUCUGCAUUUUAGCCUUGCGGAGGCAUCUAUGUCACAUCAUGGUCAAGAGUGUACUUGUACAAGUGAUUCUACUGAUGUUCAUUUUUUUAACCAUGCUGUACUUUUUUUUUUUAGGCCAGUAGUGGUCAGGGGGAAUAAAGCAUGUCACAUAGUCCCAUU